AUGGCGCUGAUCCUUGGGUUUCUCAAAGGCCAGAAACGCCCCCUUGGGAUGCAGCAGAGUACAGUCAACUCAUUUCUGCAGGGCCGUUGCUGCCACUACUGGAGCAGGCCUUCAACUACAAUCACCAGCGGCGCGGGGACAUCUACUGCGGGGAGCUCUGAGCGCACGGAAGACGCGUUCCACCAGCCAGCCAACAAUCAUGUUGCAAACAAUGCCGAGUCAGAGUCAGAAAUGGCAAUCAUUCCAGCAAUACCGACAAGCACACCUUUGAACACAAGCACUGGCAACACUCAAGUAGAUGAAAGUGCCGCCGAUACUGAAGUGAAUGAUGAAACUGAUGACGAAGCACAAGGGGAUGAAGAUGGUGGGCAAUCAGAGAUCAUGGUACCUCAGCCACCUUACGUUGGGCAGAGAUUUGAAUCGUUCGCAGAGGCAAAGGAAUUCUACCAGACAUAUGCAAAGUUCCAUGGAUUUGCGGUCGACACCGAAUACCAUAGGAAAAUUAAGAAAACUAACGAGUACAGCAGAGGUGAGAUGAGGUGCCACAAGGCACGAAGGAACAAGAAGGGGAAAGGUGUUGCGCCUGUCGUUCCGGAACGAAAGAGAGGUAUCAUUCUCAAGACGGAAUGCCCUGUCCGGUGUAAGCUAAACGUAGAUGGAGCACAGUGGGUGGUCACUGAAUAUUUUGACGAGCACAACCACAAACUCAUAAAGAAGUUCGACCUGAUACUAUCACUCAUCCACAGCAAAAAAGGGACUUUGAGUAGCAUGCCCUACAUACCAGCUGACGUCACAAACCUAAAGGCAAAGUACCGUAGAGAGAGCAAGUUGGCUGACAUAGAGGCCACAAUGGCCUACUUCGAUGAGAAAGCGAAGGAAGAUCCAGAUUUCUUCUACAGGAUAAUAUUGGACGAUGAGGACCGUGUCAGGAACAUGUAUUGGGUGGAUGGUGCUGCAAGAAGAGCCUACAAACAUUUCCGAGAUUGCAUUUCAUUCGACGCGACAUAUCUCACUAAUAUGUACAAGAUGCCAUGCGCUCCAUUCAUAGGAAUAAAUAACCACAAUCAGUCGUUGCAGUUCGGAUGCGGGCUCGUUCGGAACGAAGACACGGAUGGGUACGUUUGGUUGUUCAAUACCUUCUUGGAGUGCAUGGGUGGACUUGCUCCGAUGAACAUAAUAACAGACCAGGAUUUUAGCAUGCGUGCAGGCAUAGAGGAGGUCUUUCCGUUGGCAGUGCACAGGCACUGCAGGUGGCACAUUAUAAAGAAGGCUGAGGAGACACUAGGACCGUUCUUUGCUGACCGUCCAGACCUGCACAAGGCAUUCGAGCUGUGCGUGGACCACAGCUUGACGGUGGAGGAGUUUGAAAGGAGCUGGAUGGCUAUGAUUGAAACAUAUCAAGUCCAAGACCACGAGACGCUUGCUAGCUUGUGGGAGAAGCGAAUGUACUGGGUGUCGGCCUACUUCAUGCAGUGCUUCUUCCCGUUUCUGCAGACUACACAGCGCAGUGAGGGGUUCAAUGCUGUUUUGAAGCGGUACGUGAGCCCUGGCAACUCAUUACUACAGUUUGCCAAGCAGUACACCGCUUUGCAACAAAAAAUACUGGGAUCCGAGCUACAGAAAGAAGCAAACACCGCGCUCAAGCAGCCAAAAUUGCUAACGUAUUUACCAAUGGAGAGGCAGAUGAGCAAGAUAUACACCAACACGAUUUUUAACAAGUAA